AAUUUCUUGGAGAGCAUGAAAUACCCAUUGGCCAUUAACAUGAAACUCCACCUUUCAGCUUUGCUAUUAUUCCUUCUCCUUGUCGAUAAAUCCUACUUUGCAGUUUCUAUCUCUCCCAAAGUCUAUGAAUAUUUAAACCACGUAGGGAAGGAAGUGGCUACGAACCUUUGGGAAGAAGGCAUGAAAGGCAAGGAAAGCACUAUCGUAAAGUGGUUCUCUCCCCCACAACCAAACCUACCCCGGAUACAAAAAAAAGGCUUCUAUCGUUUCAAAGCAUACCUCUCUAAUUUCAGCUACCUUCAAUCCUCUGGACCAUUCAACGAUUAUAUCGACCAGGAAACAAUAUCAGCCUUUAAAACUUAUCAGGGAUAUUUCAAUCUCCAAAUCACAGGACUACCAAACAAGCAGACUAUUCAGCAAAUGUUGCUACCACGAUGCGCUGUCCCCGACAUUAAUUUCAAUUACUCCUUCGCCGCCGAUGGCCUUUCAUGGCCAAAAGCUGGGAACACUUGGUUUCCAAAGGGUAAGAGAAACCUCACCUACGGUUUUCCUUCUCCAGACAAAUUCCCAGCCAACAUGACCAAGGUGUUCAGAGAUGCAUUCACGCGCUGGGCAAAGGCCACGACAGUGUUGAACUUCACGGAGACAACCUACGAUAACGCCGACAUCAAGGUUGGGUUAUAUGCUUUCAAUGACAAAAUUGAAGGCAUGGUGUACGGGGAUAGUAUUAUUAUAAGAUCGAAACCUUCUUCUGAUGUUAUGACAGGGGAGAUACGUCUCGAUGGUAACCAGAGCUGGGCGUUGCCGAGUGAAUAUAAGAACAUUUCAUGGAAGAAUGAUAUUCUGGAUUUGGAGAGUGUGGCGAUGCACCAGAUUGGACAUUUACUUGGACUUGACCAUUCUUCUGAGAAGGAUUCGGUGAUGUACCCUUCUAUAUUGCCAUCUAAGCAAAGGAAGGUGGAGCUCUCGGAAAAUGAUAAGGAGAACAUUCUGCAACGUUAUACUAGCGCCAACUCUGAUAGACAUAGCGCCAACUCUGAUAGCCAUAGCGCCAACUCUGCUAGACAUGGUAGCCUCUGGGGACUCCUAAGUAUAGCUUUGUCUCUUGCUUACAUGAUUUUCUUGUAUUAGCUCUCCACGUCUCGUAGUCCUAUAGUCCUACGUGUUGUUCUACAUUGACCGUGGAUUUCAACUUGUCACUCGUGCAGAUUACUUUUGUAUCGAUCAAUAAUUAAAGUAUUUAAUAAAAAUUAUAUAAUUUGUUAUUAUAGAACUUGAUUAAUUUUUAAAGGUCUAGUGAAAAGAAAAUGAAUUUAUUUAGUCUGU